GUCUGCCGCGCCGCCCGACGAUGCCCGCCGCCCCCGCCGCCCUCGCCUGGCUGCUCCUCCUGUCGGUUGUGCAGCUCGGCGCCGCCGUCGGCGCUCCCCAGCCGUGGCACUGUGCGCCCUGCUCCGCCGAGAGGCUCGCGCUCUGCCCGCCCCUGCCCGCCUCCUGCCCUGAGCCCGCCCGGCCCGCCGGCUGCGGCUGCUGCCCGAUGUGCGCCCUGCCGCUGGGCGCCGCCUGCGGCGUGGCCACGGCGCGCUGCGCCGGCGGACUCAGCUGCCGCGCUCUGCCCGGGGAGCCGCGGCCCCUGCAGGCCCUCACCCGCGGCCGCGGCGCCUGCAUGCCUGAGUCUGACAGCGCCGAGGCCACAGAUGUCGGGGGCCCCGUGGCUCCAGAGACCGUGUCCCCCGAUGACCCAGGAGCUGCUGAGAUGCCCCUGGAGCAGCUGCCGGGCACUUUGCGCCCAGCGCUGCCCUCCAGCGAGGACCUGCCCGUCCCCUGGGGGGCCCUGAGUGACCACGAGGACACGGGGGUGCUUGGCGGCACCGGCGUCCAGGAGCGGAAGGGCCCGUGCCGGCGAGAGCUCCACCGCGUGCUGGGGAGGCUGGCCCGGGGGCAGCAGGAGGCGGGGGACGGCCCCUACAGGUUUUACCUGCCCAACUGCAGCAAGAAUGGAUUCUAUCACAGCAAACAGUGUGAGACGUCGCUGGACGGAGAGGCGGGGCUCUGCUGGUGUGUGGACCCCUGGAGCGGAAGGAGGAUCCCGGGGUCUGUGGAGGUCAGAGGGGACCCCAACUGCCAACAGUAUUUUCACUGAGAGCAGAGGCGGCAGCGCCGCGCCCUUCACCGGGAUAUUUAAGUACAUAGCGUAUUUAUACACACUUAUCUGCGUAUGUGUCUGUAUAUACAGGGACCACUUUUAUACUCCACAUACUCCCUGCUACCUAAAGCUGUGGUUUAUUUAUUCACUGUAAGUUUAUUUUUCUACACAGUAACUUGUGCUAUAUUAAUUUAUAUAUCACUGCAACAACUUCUUGCCACGUUGCAUGUAAAUACUUGUAUUUUAGCUCUUUAAAGGUUCGGGCUUCCAUUUGUGAAGAACUGGGGACAACGCUGCUUAGAAAAUGAAAACUCAUGUGUGUGGCCGUGAGUGUUCUGAGCGCCUCCGUGACGCCCUCGGCAUCCUACGCCGAGGCUGCUUGGCGCACAUUUGCAGGGAAAGGUUGGCUGUGUCAUCGCAGCGGGUGGCGAUGUUGCUACUUGUGAACCCCUGCAUUGGAUACAUUGUCAAAUGUGCUUGCACAGUGUAACCAAAUAAACGUCCUACUCAAAA